CUAAAAAAAUACGAAGAAACGCAGCCACAUGGUGGGUGGGACCAAGGUGGGACGUGGGCAUUUUCCUUUGGUGACGUGGUAUUUAUUUCAGUCGUACAGGGGGCGGAGGAGCGCGUACGACGUUUAAUAGGAUGACAAAGUGACGGACGCGUGACGUAGAAAGCUUCUCAUGUACCCGAAUUGAUACAUGCGUUUCAUUGAGACUCAGUGUAGCCUCCUUACCGGGACGCAAAGAGCGCGAUGUUUACGUUUGCUUACUAUAAGUUGCGGAUGCCAUUACAUCAACAUACCGUCCUGAAUCCUGGCCAGAACACUCUCUGUGGCUUUCUAGCACAUGUAACGUUGAAUAUUUACGAAGAAAAGGCGGUCUUCGGUCGGUUAGUUCGCCAAAUUUGUGUUUGUACGUAUACUGUCACCGUAAUCUGUGCAAAAGGUCAUGUGUUCUAUAGGUCAAAUUGAAACCAAACAAAAAAGUAUACUUUGACCUGCGCAUGCGGAGUACGCGUCGUUAGCGCUCCGUCAUUUCAAACUUCCUCUUGGAUCACAGUUUAUGACGUGUCCUGAGCCAGCAGCUAGGUCAAGUCAUAGGUACACCUGCCGUGUGAACAUCGCGAGCCAGAAUCUAUGGUGAAGCCUGGAAGUCUGAACGCAAGAACACGAUGAGUCAAGAGUCUUUCCAGCCGUUUUACUUCAAAGGGGUGAAGUUCGACGGCAAUCACAGCCCCGUUGCCAUGGAGAUGGUGGAAUCAUUUGAGGUCAGAGACGACGACGUCUUCAUCUCGGCCUACCUUAAAUCGGGUACAACAUGGACUCAACAGAUCGUUUCUCUGAUAUGUGCUGAUGGCGAUCUCAGCGAAGUUUGCAAAGUUCCGAUACAGCAGCGUACUCCUUGGCUGGAAACAUUGGACCGCGUGAAGGGAACAGGCGAGCCCACCCCGAAGGUGCUGAAGGACGCUCCCUCGCCCCGCCUGAUGAAAACCCACCUGCCCUAUCACAUGUUACCUCAGCAAGCCAAGGACGGGAGAGGGAAGAUCGUCUACUGUGCUCGGAACGUCAAAGAUGUGGCCGUCUCGUGGCACAACAUGCGACGGAUGGUUAACAACAUUCCUUGUGGAUCCUGGGAAGAAAACUUCCAGGAGUUCAUGACGCCGGAAGAAGCUUAUAACGGCUUCUGGUGGGACGUGAUCCCGGAGUACUGGCGGCACAAGGAUGACGGCAACAUGCUCUUCAUCAAGUUUGAGGACAUGAAGCAGGACCUGCGAGGCCACGUGGUGAAGAUCGCUACCUUCCUGGGCAGGACUCUGUCAGACCAGCGCAUUGAUGAGGUGGUGGCCAACUGUACCUUCUCUGCUAUGAAGGAGAAUCCAGCUACAAACUUUUCCCGUAUUCCAGCACUACAGAAGGCUUUCUUCAGCAAGGCGGAAGGAAGUGGACUUGAGUUCAUCCGCAAAGGAGAGGUUGGUGACUGGAAGAACUGGUUCAGUCAGGAGGAGAACCAGAUCCUGGAGACGAUCCACGAGGAGAAAAUGGCGGGGCUAGAUCUGACCUUCCGGUUUGAGUAGUGGACUAAAUGACAGGAACUUAAUACUCAGUAGAGAUCAACAUUAAUGGAUUCAAAUAAUGCAAAUCAUGACCUAAUUUGAAUAAUUAAUACGAAACUGUAUAACAACCAGUGGUAAAUAGUGCUACAAUAACUAUAAUAAUUCUGUUUAGUUUCAGUUUAUCAAACGAAUUGUUCGUGACAAUAUUCAAGAGUAACAUGAAAGUUGUUUGGGUUUACAGUGGCCAAGGAUUUUAACCUCCUUGAAGUGGCGCUGAACUUUACACAAUAUAUGUUGAUGCAUUGAAAUACAUUACUACAGGACAAUUAGACAA